AUGGCUUCCUCAACUCGUCAUCUCAACAGUCUUAACAGGCCGAGCAAUGAGAAUGAGGAGGGAUGGUCAAAUGGUAAGCUUGAAUACAUUCCUCCGGAUCAUUUCCUCACUGAUCGAUGGCAAGCAGCAUGUUUGGAGUCGGGAAGAAGUGAGGCCGACCUCGAUAUCGAGGGAGACCCGGCCGACCAGGCCACGACCGGCAUAGAUGAAGAUGAAGAUGCUGCGCAGAAUGAACAGCUUGUGCAGAACUGCUAUCUAUCAGAGAUGGAGCCGGACCAGACAGACGCGGUGGCAAUCGAUAUAGACAUCGACUGUGAUAAGUCGACCGGAGGCCAUGAAGGGAAAAUGCCGCCACCCAAGGAAGAUGACGCGGCGGCGCAGACAAGUAUUACCCGGAAGGAUAUGACCCAGAAACAAGGUGUCCAUACUUCUGGCGAGUCUUUGCUCGACAGAGGUCCCAGCCGUGACAUAGCAGGUGAAAUCUGCUUGAUGAGCUGCAGGGUCGAUUAG